AUGCUGACUCGUUUACGACUAUCUUCUCGUUACGCCACCGUGAAGUUACCCAAGUCUACCUCCUUAUGCUCAUGUCGUCUCUUCUCCACCUCCUCCGAAACAUCCCCGCCUCUAUCUCCCAUCACCGGAGACGGAGAUCGACGCGAGAAGCUCCAGAAUCUCCUCCUCCUCCUCCAGCAGAAUCGAAUCGAAACGGCGCGUGGAGAUCUCACCUCGCUAGUCCGAUCAGGCUCUUCUCCGAGAGAACUCUUCUCCGCCUUCUCGUCAUCAUCUCCAUCGCUGAGAAACGAGUUCUCAUACCUGCUCUUCUCCGUGGUAACCGAAUCGAACAUGAUCCGUGAAGCAACGGACUUGUUCUUCGUAUUGAGGAACGAAGGUAUCAUCCCCAGCUCUGAUUCGUUAACGAUGUUGUUCGAUCAUCUCGGGAAGACGAAGCAAUUUGGAGUAACGAUCAAUGUGUUUUUGAAUCUAAUUGAAUCCGAUUAUCGUCCGAGUAAAUUCAUGUACGGGAAAGCAGUUUACGCCGCUGUGAAAUUGAACGAUUUAAUUAAAGGUUUAGAGCUUUUUAACCGCAUGAAGCAUGAGAGAAUCUCUCCCACUGUGUUUGUUUACAACGUUCUUAUCGAUGGGUUGUGUAAAUCCGGGAGGGUGAAUGAUGCAGAGAAGAUGUUCGACGAAAUGCUUCAGAGAAGAUUGGUGCCGAGUUUGGUAACGUAUAAUACUUUGAUCGAUGGGUAUUGUAAAAGUGGGGAUAUUGAGAAGAGUUUUAAGGUGAGGGAACGCAUGAGAGGGGAGGGUGUUGAUCCGAAUCUUGUUACGUUUAACACGUUGCUUAAGGGGAUGUUUAACGCGAGGAUGGUGGAGGAUGCGGAGAGUGUUUUGAAGGAGAUGAAAGGUUAUGGCUUUGUGCCUGAUGCGUUUACGUUGAGUAUUUUGUUUGAUGGGUAUUCGAGUAACGAGAAAGCUGAGGCUGCUUUGGGUGUUUAUGAGGAAGCGGUUGAGUCUGGUGUGAAGAUGAAUGCUUAUACGUGUAGUAUUUUGUUGAAUGCGUUGUGUAAAGAAGGGAAGAUAGAGAAGGCGGAGGAGAUUUUGGAGAUGGAGAUGGGUAAGGGGCUUGUCCCGAACGUGGUUAUUUAUAACACGAUGGUUGAUGGAUACUGUCGGAAAGGUGAUUUGGUUGGAGCUCGAAUGAAAAUCGAAGAGAUGGAGAAACAAGGGCUGAAGCCAAAUCAUUUGGCGUACAAUUGUUUGGUUAGGAGGUUUUGUGAAUUAGGGGAAAUGGAGAAUGCUGAGCAAGAGGUUAACAAGAUGAAACUAAAAGGAGUAGCUCCUAGCGUGGAGACAUAUAAUAUAUUGAUUGGGGGAUAUGGGAGGAAGAGUGAGUUUGAUAAGUGUUUCGACAUUUUCAAAGAAAUGGAAAACGAUGGGGUGAUGCCGAAUGUAGUUAGCUACGGGAAUCUGAUAAAUUGUUUGUGCAAAGGCUCUAAGCUUCUUGAAGCUGAGAUUGUUAAGAGAGAUAUGGAAGACAGAGGGGUUUCACCUAAUGUAAGGAUAUACAACAUGCUGAUUGAUGGUUGUUGCUCAAAGGGGACGAUAAAAGAUGCUUUUCGGUUUUCGGAGGAGAUGCUAACAAAGGGAAUAGAUUUGAACUUGGUGACUUAUAACACCCUCAUCAAUGGGUUGUCCAUGAACGGAAAAUUAGCAGAAGCUGAAGAUUUGUUUCUAGAAAUCUCAAGAAAGAGGUUUCUACCAGAUAUAUUCACGUAUAACUCGCUGAUAUCUGGAUACGAACGUGCUGGAGACGUGCAAAGAUGUAUCGCCCUGUACGAAAUGAUGAAAGGAUCUGGAAUAAAACCCAAUUUGAAGACCUAUCAUCUUUUGAUCAGCUUGUGCAGCAAGGAGAGUGUAGAGCUCACUGAGAAAAUAUUUGGAGAGAUGUCGUUGGAACCAGACUUGAUAGUCUAUAACGGAGUUCUUCAUUGCUACGCCAUACAUGGAGAAAUGGAUAAGGCUUUGAAAAUGCAGAACCAGAUGGUGGAGAAGGGAAUCGAUUUGGAUAAGAUGAGUUAUAACAGCUUGAUCAUGGGACAGCUGAAAGUAGGAAAGCUCAGCGAGGCUAAAAGUUUGUUUAACGAGAUGAAAACCCAAGAAUUAGAUCCUGAAGCUGAUACGUACAACGUACUGGUGAAAGGGCAUUGUGAGAAGAAGGAUUAUAUGGGAGCAUAUGAAUGGUUCAGAGAGAUGACGGAAAAGGGUUUGCGAUUGGAUGCUUGUAUAGGCGAGGAGCUAGUGACUGGGCUUAGAGAAGAGUGGAGGUCAAAGGAGGCACAGGUUGUCAAUUCUGAAAUGAAUGGUGGCAAGCUUGAUGAUGUAAUAGAGGAAGAGGAGGCUCUAUCUGCAACAGAGAAGCUGUGA